AUGAACAAUAGCCACAUCCAGAGAACUUAUCUCUUCCAAGUGUAUUCACAGGAAAUAAAGCAUAAGAAUUAUGAAACAGCUGUACUGGGAAGAAACGUGACCAUCUUCUGCAAUUUGACAAGUCUGGAAAAUGUUCUGCAAGUCACCUGGCAGAAAAUUGAAGGCUCUUUGCCACAAAAUAUCGGCACUUACAGCCAUAAAUAUGGAGAAAAUAUUAUCCCACCAUAUGUGAACAGGCUGCACUGCAAGAUCCUGGAACCCAAUGCCUCCUUCAUAACCAUUCAAAAAGUGACAUUUGAAGAUGAAGCCUGCUACAAGUGUCUGUUUAACACCUUUCCAUAUGGCAGCCAUGGAGGACAAACCUGCCUUAACGUCCUAAUUGUUCCUGAAUUAAUAACAGAACUCCAUCCUGUUCCUGGCUCUGAAGAUCUCCUUAACCUUCAUUGUUCAGGGGUGGGAAAGCCUGCUCCUGGAAUCUCCAUUUAUCCUUCAGAAGUCCUAGUGCUCACACAGGAAGAGUACUUUACUGAGAACCCAAAUAGCACAGUGACCAUCACUAAAAUAUACAACAUCUCUUUGAAAGCUGUCAGGUCCUUGGGCCUCCAGCACCUGGUUGUGUCUAUGACUCACCCCGUAGGACAUGAAGAGAAGAUAGUUCCUCUGCCAGUAAAGCAAGAGGGUACCGUGGAUCACUUCAGGAUAACUGCAAUUAUAUUCAUCAUUUUAUUUCUCAUUUCAUGUGUCAUCGGUGCUCUUUCCUAUAUUUACUUUAAAAAGAAAAGGUUUCUUACUGAAGUCUCUUUGACUCUGCCUACUCUCUAUAUCUCUGUUCAGGUAUCCUACCUGGCUUUGCUCUGUUAA